UCCAAAAUGUGCAGGGUGGCCUGAAACUUUCCUUGCUUAGAGUUCUUAUAUUGACUUUAAUCAACUGAUCUUUAUAAAGAUUAGCUGUAGACUUGUUUCCACCCUGUUUGACAGCCUUCCGUGUUGUUGCUUGUUCUAGCACUUCACAGUAGCUGUAUCAAUCUUAUAAUCCAUUGAACGCAAACUUGUCUUUAACAAAUUAAUUGGGAAAACAAUAUAUAAACAUACUUUGUGGGAGACAGAGUUGCUGAGUGAAAUAUUGACAUUUUUUCUGACUACACCAUUCUAGCAAACUGAAAACUACAGAUGUCUUAUGCUUCACUUUAUAUGCAUUUCUUUGUCAUGUCAGCAUGAUAGGUUGCGUGUCAUUGGAAACAUGGGAUCAUAGAGUUUACAAUAAAUUUCUGAGGGUUUGAGUAAUAGUUCUCCAUAGACAUUUUGUUAACAAUGAUAGAGAUAGGGUUGGAUAGAGUCAUGGUCUUCUUAAUUCUGUACUGAACUUUAUUAAAAAAAUGAAAGGUCAAGACAUUAUCUUCGAUUGGGAAUAAUUGCCUACAGGCUACUUAUGUAUUGUUUAAUAAAGGUAUUCCAGUGUAACUCCAAUUCAUACCCUUACAGCAAUAACAAUGGCCAACCCAAAAUGCCCUCUAAUCCUUGCCAAAGAUGUAGUUGCUUUUCCACUUGUUGCUCACUUUUUGAGAUCUGUUUCCCUAUCAGUUCAGGGGAGACAGGCUGUCUGGUGAAAGCAGGUGAUCAUUAUCUACCAUCCUCAGCGGACAGGCAGGCCUGCUGUUAGUGCCUCACUGUGGUAUGCUGUGCUCUGAUACCUGCAAGCCUCAAUACUUCUCUGCCCUGUGAAUACCAAGUACUGGAAAUACCCAACUGUCAUGUGCCUCUAAGUUGAAACAAUGUGUAAAGCUGUAAAAAAAAAAAAAAAAAAAAAAGAAGAAAAUAAAUACUACAAGAAAAAACACCUGUGUGUCCAAGGGUACAAAUAAAUGCCUAGGUGUCUGAAUAUGUAACAACACUGAACAUUAAAUACAAUGAAGAGAUUGGGCGCUUAGUCUUUGAUCGUCUCGCUCUAAAGUGAGAGUAUUUUGACAACUGUUAAAACGGCCAGGUGACCCCUGUUUCAACCUAAACAGACUGCACAGGAGUCCCAUACAGAGGCGAGAAACCCGGCGAGAUGAAAGAAGGCGAUAACUGCUGCGCUCUGGGAGGAGUGUGUGCACCUGCGGUCACAGCCAUAGCGCUGCCUUGCACAGCGGCAGAUCGCAGCUUUUUGCCCACCAGCAGGACGCACAAGCUGAUACCUAAACCAUGGAUGCAGAGGAGAAAUCCCCCGCAGACCGGGGAUUGCAGCUCCUGGACAUCAGCUCCAACUCGCCCCCUCCUGACCUCAAAGGUGCGGAGGAGAGCGGCCAGCAGGAGAAGCCGCCGUAUUCGUACGUGGCUCUCAUCGCCAUGGCUAUCAAGGACAGACAAGACAAGAGACAAACCCUGGCCGGAAUAUACGACUAUAUCAUCUCCAAGUUCCCCUACUAUGAGAAGAACAAAAAAGGUUGGCAAAAUAGCAUAAGACACAAUUUGUCUCUCAAUGAGUGUUUCGUCAAGGUUCCCAGGGACGGCGGAGGGGACAGAAAGGGCAACUAUUGGAUGCUGGACCCCGCAUUUGAGGACAUGUUUGAGAAGGGGAAUUACCGGCGGCGGAGGAGGGUGAGGAGACCCUACAGACCCCCGAGCGUGCCUUACCUGACCGCGAACUCCGUGGACUGUCCCGAGCCGCUCUAUCUGCAGCCUUAUGUGAGCAGCUCCUGGGGUCUGUGCCAGCCCAGCUCGUCCCAGCCGAGCGGAUACCCAACACCCCAGGUCAUCACUGGGCACACCCGCAGUGUGUCCCCCAGCGGCCGGGUGAGCUACUGCCCGCCCCCCCACUUCCACCCCUCUCCCUACGGCGCUUACCACCGCCACCCGCCCGUGCUGGUCCCCCACAACGGGUGUCCCUACGGCGGAGUGACCCAGCCGAUGAGCCCCGACGGAGGCAACGUGUCCGUGGCAUGCAACUACCAGCAGUUCACCUCCUAUUCAAGGCAAGCGGAGGCGCCGCUUGCUCAUUCAUAUGACCUGUAAGGGGAGUUUGAGUUGUUCUACUCACUAACAACCAGUUCACAGACUCAAAGUUCAUCUGUUUCACCAUUUCAGUUCGGCUGUCAUUCGUUUGUCAGGUAAAGUUAAUUGUUUGGUAGUCUGAUAUGGUGUAAAUUUGUUGACCAUUGAUUAACUGUUAAAUAAGGUGUUAACUUUUUUUGAUAGGCUACAGUUUCAAAUGCCAAGAGAUGAUUGCCAGUACUCAUUAGGCCUACAAUUUGCUUCAGAAAUGGAAACCGAUCAAGUGUGAACUGCAGGACAGCUGAUUUAAAUCUAAAUCUCUUUUGUUGGAGAAUUAUUUUGCAACCAAAUAAACUUGUGUUUUUUAUUAUUAUUAUUUCUAUUCUUUUUCAAUAGGCCAAUACAUUUGGAACUAUGUUAUUUAUUUCUUUUCUCUGGUUAUAUCCCAUUCUCCGACCUGCUAUGCAACAGUUGGUGGGUGACACUGAAGCACUGAUCAGUUUUCUUAUUCGAUUAUGAAUGUUUACUUGAUGUUUGUUAAAAUAAAAUGUUAUUUUUGC